GAGGGAGCGAGAGAGAGAGAGAGAAAGAGCGAGAGCGAGAGAAAGGGAGAGCGAGAGCAAGCGAGGCAGGGAGAGCGAGAGAGACACCCGAGUCAGCGGCGAGCAAUGACCAUGACCACCAUGCCAGAGAGCCUAAAUAGCCCCGUCUCAGGCAAGGCGGUCUUCAUGGAGUUUGGCCCGCCCGGGCAGCAAAUGCCUCCGUCGCCCAUGGCCCACGGCCACUACUCCAUGCACUGUUUACACUCGGCCGGCCAUUCGCAGCCGGACAGCUCGUACAGCGCCGCGUCCUCCUUCUCCAGACCGCUGGGCUACCCCUAUGUCAACUCGGUCAGCAGCCACUCGGGCAACCCUUACAUGAGCUCGGUGCAGUCCUACCCCAACAGCACCAGCUUGGCUCAGACUCGGUUAGAGGAGACAGGUCAAGAUCUGGUUCCAGAACAAGCGCUCCAAAUUCAAGAAGCUAAUGAAGCAAGGAGGAGCCGCCUUGGAAAGCAGCGCGUUGGCCAACGGGAGGUCGCUGUCGGCCAGCUCUCCGCCCGGGCCGCCGGUCUGGAAUACCACCUCGUCGUCGGGUAAGAGCUCCACGGGCACCCCGGGCACCUACAUCCCCAGCUACACGUCUUGGUACCCUUCGGCCCACCAGGAGACUAUGCAGCAGCCUCAGUUGAUGUGAGGAGGAGCCAAGGGUUGGCCGGCUCCGGUUUGUGUUGUUUUUUUUGGUUGUUUUUUUUUUUGCUUUUGGCUUUUGUGUUUGUUUUUGUUUUUUUUUUGUUUUUUUUUUUUUGUUUUACUUUUGCAACGUUGAACCGAUAAGCCGAUCGCCCCGACGGCUGGAACCACCGAACGAACAAAAACAAGAACGAUAAAAAAAAAAAGCAGCAAAGGCACCCUGUUUGGUCUUGGGGGAAAUCGCACCGCGGAAGGAAGGAAGGAAGCCGCCUCCGUCCCCCUACCCAGAAGCCUGAGCCAGCCGGAGCGUCCCUGGGCCGCCGACGGUUUUGGGUCUCAGCUCCCGAGACAAGCACAGAUGCCAGGCGGGGCUGGUUCCCACUGCAGACAGCUGACGCGGCGGCCCCAGAUAGUCCCCCAGCCACGCCGGACGACAGCCUGCCAGCAGCAGGAGCAGCAGCGCGGAAUCCGGCCCUGGACAUGGGUGGACCAUCAGGACUCCAGCAACAACGAAUCCGUUUUUCCGAGGAAGGGAGGGGGAGCAGGGUCCUCUCUCUUGUCUGUCUUUCUGUCCUGUCCAAAUGAGACUUGGCCAUUCCCUUCACCUCACCCUUCCUUUCUGGGCUUCGCCAAGGAACAACAAAAAACCCCCUUCCUUCCUUCCUUCCUUCCUUCCUUCCUUCCUUCCUUCCUUCCUUCCUUCCUUUUUUUUCCCUUCUCAGUGUUCGUUGUAGUCCUCUCGGUGUACAUUUUUUUUUCUCUGUCGAAUGGGAAAGGG